AUGAUCGCUGCACCACCACCAGGAGGACCAGUUGUUGUGGAGGCAGUAGAUCUUGAUGUUGUCUCUUCCACCUGCUCUGUCUCUGAAAACCCCUUCCUUGAUGACAUCAGCCUACUCGUCAGAGAAAUAGUGACCUACAAGAUUUACUACCUCCGAUCAAUCCCCGUUUCUCAUUUUCCCAACACCGAAAUUGUCCCAAUAAAAAACUUCAGGAAGCGUUCGAGAGUGAAAUUUUCUAGCUAAGUAUAGAAGGAAGAACAGAAGAGUAUCAUAUCCUUAAUAUCCAUCUCGUCAGGGAAAUCUUAGGCAGCUCGCCGAAUAGAUUCAAAUCAUCCCAUCAUCCUUAUCCGUCUUCAGUCAGACUGACUACCUCGCUCACCCUCUUUUCCCCACCUCCAGGAACGCCUCUUGAUGUCGCUUGUUUUGGAAUUAUAAUGUUUGACAAGAAGCUGAAACAUCUACUUUUUUUCACUGAAGAUAACCGAAAAUAAAUCCAUACUAU